CAAAAGACCGGUGGCAGGGCUCUCGCCUCGCUCUCUGACGCAUGCGCUUGCUGUAGCUUGGGUUCUUCUCCGGUGAGCUGCGAGCGCUCCUCUGUUGCGAGCUUCCCGGUGAGCUGCGAUCACGAACGCUGGGUCUGCGCGUGAGAUUUGCUCACUUCAAAGCACCCGACCCCCAGGUAUUCCUUUCCGGCGAGUCUCCGGCAUUUGUGAAUCUUCUUUUCCUCGAAUUGCAUUGCAUAAUUAAGAGAUGGGAGGAGAAGGGCAUGGACGUAGCACUACGUAUAAGGGAGUCACUCUGCAUCACCCCAAGAGAUGGCAUGCUGUCACUGGAAAAGGAUUGUGCGCCAUCAUGUGGUUUUGGGUUUUGUACAGGGCUAAGCAAGAUGGUCCUGUAGUAUUGGGUUGGCGACAUCCUUGGGAAGGCCACGAAGAUCAUUCCCAUGAACAUGGACAUGAACAUGAAAAUGAGGUAAUCUAUUUGUAAUUGCUUCCAUUUGUUUAGUUAUAAUCAUCACGAAUUUCUCAUCCACUAAAAUCAAUUUUGAAAUAAGUUAAUCGAAUGUUGAAUUAUUUGGAAUGCAACUGCUGAUUUAUUUUGCCUCUUGAUACUUGAAAUCAUAGAUUGAUAUUUUAAAUCAGAUGAUUCAGAUUUAAAUUUAGGGUGGAUCAGCUUUGUUGUGGUAUUCUGACAGCUUAGCUUACUCUCUUUUUUCCAAUGGGGUUCAAAUAUGACCAAGCUCCUAUUUAAUUGCCAAAGAAAUUUGUGUAUGUUGACAGUGAUUUGUUUGCAAUGCAAUCAAUCUUGAGCUUAGAACAUGGUUUUAUCUGUAAUGAGAUUGUGUAGGGCCAUUGAUGUACCAGUUGAUGAAGAUUGAGGAAGAUGAUAGACUUGUCAAUGGAUCGAAAGAUGAUCCAUAUCUGAUCCUUUGUUUUGAUUUGUAGGAAUUAUAAUUAUGUAAUCCAUUAGUAAUCCGUAGUAUUGUUUGAUCCAGUGGGUUGAUGACUGUUUGAUGUAAUUUGAAUGCUGACUGUUCUUUCUUCAAUAUAUUAUUUUCUUAUAUAAUAA